ACGCUGCAAUAGAGUGAAGUGAAGUAAGCGCGUGUGGUGAGGCGUGCGCGCCGCGCCAGUUGCGCGUCGGCAGUCCCGCGAGCGCGUUCCUUGUGCGCGUCCGCUGUGCGCGCUGAUAUGCCCUCGCCUCGGGCCGCACGCGCUUGUGCAAUACUCGACUCGCCGGUUCACCAUGACACACGAGGACUGCUACACACGUCUCAACGACGAACUCCACUCGUCACCCGAUGGACCAUCCGAAGAUGAAGAAGUCCUUAUUCGAUCAGACAGGGCCAGCGUCAAAGAAAUGAUCCUCCGGUUCGAAAGAACCGCUAUAAACAACUUCGGCGACUCUAGUGAAUCUUUGGAAAGAUUGAAGGACUUGGGUAAUCUAACUAGUGCUGUUAACCCCGUACAUGUGCAAUUUAACCACCUUUCCCCAGUAACACGAUCUCAAGAUAGGAAUUCAAAUGUGUCUGUGAAUUCUAUACUCUCCAAUGUUUCGGAGAUUAGUUACGAAUCCAGUUCUUCAGGUUUCGUUUCUGAUCGAAAGUCAGAUUACCCCGUGCCACACAGACCAGCUCCGCCGCCGCCUGCUCCCUUCAACGACAGCUCACCGGAAAGUAAGUCACCGCCGCCCGAGGAAGACACGAUAAAGGAUACUCGACGGUUUUCCUUUACAACACCUUGCUCGUCGCCGGUGGUAUUGCGACGUACGAGACAGCCGCCAGUCAUCAGACGGAAAUCACUCGUAGGAAGUCAAGGGCACGUUGGUGAAACGCACUGGUCGUAUGGCGUAAGGCAAAGUGAUUUAGAAAAGUUACUGAGAUUAAAGAGAUCAGAAGAAUCUGAACCUGAAGAAGAGCCAACCAGACAAAGAUUUGGAGUUCACGAAUUGCAGCAGGAAAUCAGCAGCAGUGAUGAUUCGGAUGAUAGUGAAAAGUCUGGUCAGGAAUAUGUACUGAAUAACGAUGAUGGUAGAACGGAUACGAUGUCUACCGAUCAUUCUACGGAUACAUUGAUAAACGAAGAAGAAAGUGACGUAGGGGACAACUUGUCCGUCGUUUCGGGAGUGUCUGGUGAUCGUAGCAAUUAUGACAAUGUUAGCAUUAAAUCGGUGUCUUCGUUUGACAUGGUGCCGUACCAGAAGUAUGAUAGCAUCACGGUGUCUUCGGAUGAGUUCGGUUCCGAGGUGUGCCACGCGCCUGACACUGAGUUCUUGACUGUGAGUGCAGUGAACGAGUGGUGUGUGUCAAAGUCUGUAGAACCUGUUUUGAUGAUACCCGUGGAAUCCAAAAAGGAGAAAUAUCGAAGACGACUGACUGAACGUGUGAACGAGUUGCUUCAUACGGAGAACGUGUACGUAGAGAGACUGAGGCAUGUCAUCGAGAACUACAUCCCGGAGAUGAGCCGGGAGGACAUCCCUCCGUCCCUCCGCGGCUGCAAGCCAGACAUCUUCGCCAACAUCGAGAGGAUCCACCGCUUCCACGCCGACGAGUUCCUCCCUGCCAUGAGGGACUGCGAGAAUGAUCUCAGGAAAUUGGGGCAGUGCUUUAGGCGAUACGAGCAGCGGUUCAACAUGUACGUUAUGUACUCUAGAAAUAACAAGAGAGCGACGAGGCUGGUAUUUGAACACAAACAAUUCUUCCAGGAAAAACAAUUAGAGUUAGGAGACAGAUUAGACCUGUCGAGUUAUUUAUUAGAACCAGUACAGAGGAUACCACGAUACAAGUUGUUCCUAGACGAUUUAGUGAAAACUUAUUUGAAUUACGAGAACGAGAGAUGCGAGUCGGACUCAAGGAUAUCGAAGCUCAGUGUGGACAGUGAUGAGACUGGAGGCAGCAACGGAGAGUCCUCUGACAACGACGAGACACCACUAGAAAGUCUGAAGCUAGCAAAAACUAUGGUCGAAUGUGUAUUGACAGCCGUCGAUGGCAUAAUGGCACUAGAAAACAUUCGAGACUGUCCGCCGCAACUGAACCUGCUAAACCAGGGUCGUCUGCUGCGCCAGAACGAGUUCUUCGCGAUGGACCCCACGCGCCGACGCCGGCAGCUCAUGAGGAUAUUCCUCUUCGACAAGCUCGUGCUCAUCACCGUAGUCUACAAAAAGCAACUGACGGUAGAGUUCUUCAUCUACAAAGACCACAUUCCCGUGGACGACCUGGGCAUCACGGCCAAGGAGCAUGACAACCACAAGUUCACUAUCUGGUAUAAGAAGAGGAACCUCAAGUCCUACAAGUUGGAGACCAGAGAGCCUAACAUAAGGAACUCUUGGGUCGAAGAAAUCACUUCGCUACUGUGGGAGCAAGCUAUGCAGAAAAAAGAACUACUGCUACAGGAGCGAAAGAAAAGGAUUUCAAUGGUGUCCAUGAACAGCCAGGAGUCCGGAGAUGAUAGAAAUGAUGACAAAUGUCCGUUAGAUGGUUUCGUUUGCGUGAAGUUACACCAAUGAAUUGUUAAGUGGACAAUUCCCUCCGAGGAGUGCCAGGCGAGGUCCGGAGGGCGGGAGACAAGAAAAGUCGGAGAACUACUUGGUACUGCGAGUGAAGUUUCCUACUUACCCUAUCCACUCGGAAGUAUUACUAAAUACAUAAUAAGAUACAUGCUAAAAUAACUUCAUGUAGCGUUUAUGUUAACGAAUUGUACAGGUAUUCGUAAUUAAGAUGCGAACGUGAGAUGUGACGCAUUUCCAAAGAUAUUUUACGUGUCGGAACGAUAUUAACUAUUUUAAAUUUCAAAGAAAGUAUUGCCAAACAAAUAGUAUUCUUAUCAUUCUAAACUUUAGGAUUUGUAUCCAAUGUAUAGAGACGCCGAGCGAAACUCCAAUAAGGCUAUAAAUAAAAUACAGCUGAAAUAUCGCAAUAGAAAUUUUACGAUAUUUUUGAGGAAUGUGAUAAAAUGCUAUUUGAAUACUAUGUUAUUUUAUUAUUGCAAUAUCAGUCAUUAUUUUAUGAAAUGUAUAUUAUAAAAGGAAGCUUUUGUAAAUAAGUAUUAUUGUAUCAAUAAGAGACGAGUGCUCGCUGUAGACUAAACCAUGUAAAUAACCGUCAUUGAAAUAAAUCAUGAAUAUUAUAUACUUAUAUUUA